AAUAGAGUAAUUGUACAUUUGAUUUAGUAAGUAAUGUAGGACUUUGACAUAUCUAAAAAUUUGAAGGAAGGAGGAUAACGGGCGUUAGCAGACGCGUUUUUAUUCAUGGGUAUUACAUACAUAACACAUUCAAUUCUUAUUUUUGGACAUAACGUGUAAUAUUUCUCUAAUGUCCUCUCUUUCAUCAGUUUCUCUCUGUCUUCACAGCUCACACUCAACAAUCAUUUACGUAUAAAAAUAUAUACAUUCACCAACAACCGCACUCUGCAAAAUCAACUAUCUCUCUCCUCUGCCCAUGGAUUCGCCUCCGCCUUCGCCGUCCUUCUGGUGCUACCAGUGCACCAGGAUCGUCUCCGUCGUGUCUGAAGAAGCCGUCGUCUGCCCGCACUGCCGCGGCGGAUUCAUCCAAUCGGUGGACCCCACCGAUUUCUCGCCCGAGCAUCCCCGCCGAUUCGCGUCCCCUCGCCAACGCCGCCGCCGCAACGGCACCUCGUUCAAUCCGCUCAUAGUCCUCCGGAACAGCUCGGAGGAGUCGUCGGAGUCCCCUCCCGGCGGGGGGCGGCGGAGCUACGAGCUCUAUUACGACGACGGGUCGGGGACGGGGAUCCGGCCGCUGCCGUCAUCCAUGUCGGAGUCGCUGCUCGGAUCCGGAUUCGAGGUGAUGCUCGACCGCCUCUCGCAGAUCGGGUUCAGCCUGUGGGCCCGGCCAGAGAAUCCGCCGGCGAGCAAGCAGGCCGUGGCAUCGCUGCCGGCGGUGCAGAUCCAGGCGUGCCACGUGGACGCCGACGCGCACUGCGCCGUGUGCACGGAUCCCUUCGCCCUCGGAUCCGAGGCCCGCGAGAUGCCCUGCAAGCACAUCUACCACGCCGACUGCAUAUUCCCGUGGCUCAACCUCCACAAUUCGUGCCCGGUCUGCCGCCACGAGCUGCCGGUCGAUGAGCCGGACGGCGUUUCCGGUCAGUCGGGGGCGGUGGGGCUCUCGAUCUGGCGCUUGCCCGGCGGCGGCUUCGCGGUGGGGAGAUUCGUUGGGGGAGGGGAGGGGGAGAUGCCGGCGGUGUAUUCGGAAGUGGAAGGGAGUCUCAGCCUCACCGGCGGCGCGCCGAGGGGAAUUGAGUGGGGGCCCUGGGUGCGGCGGCGGAGGGGCGGUGUUUUCCGGCGUUUUUUCGGUAAUUUGGGAUCGAUUUUUCGGAGGGGACGGUCAGGUUCGGCAGACGGAGCUCCGUUAAGGAGGAGUGCGAGUCUUCGGGAUUCCGAAUCGGGUUCGGGUGAAUCGGUUUUCAGUAGGUACGUGUUGAGGAGGGAUAGGAGCACAAAUUCGAUACCCAUUGAGCAAUAGCAUGGGAUGGGAGGGCAAAAUCGUCAAUUAACUACUGUUCAAUUUUCAUUUCUCUUUUCUUUAGUCAGUUUUGUUAGUCACCCAAUAUUGUAAAGUCAUGUAAAACAGAAAAUUCUUUAAAAUCUUAACUAAGCUCCAUUACUUGUA